CCCUUGUCCAAAUCCUCCGGAGUAGCUGCUUCCUCUUCUCUCCUCUCCUCUCUGCUUCUAAAUUUCGGCUUCUGGUCAUGAAUUCAAACCAGAAGUAGUAUCGAUAACAGAAGUAGUAGCAGAGCUGCUUUCUUUAUGGAAAAUGAAGGGGAAUUAAUGGAGAAGAUGGAAGAAGAAGAGCAAGGAAGUUGGGUCUCAGUACAAGAAACCCUUCGUCCCUAUCACCUCUCCUCGCCGCACAUACGCUAAACUUAACAGGACCAGUGGUUAUCACUAAUCACUUCACGAAUAACUGCAAUUAGUCCCACAUCGUCGGACAGCACAACCAUCAGUCCAACAUUCUCACAACUCAAGACAUGAAGCGCCCGGCAGCCUCUGACUCCAUCAUCACCCCCUUCUUCUCUUCCGAGGAAAGAGGAGAGAUGGUGCUGGAAGAAGAAGAUGAUGAUGAUGAGAUUUGCUGCGCUGCCGAAGGGGGCGGCGUCGGCGGGGGAUUGAAGAAAAGAAGACUGGGAACUGAGCAAGUGCGAGCUUUGGAACGAUGCUUCGAGGUAGAAAACAAGCUAGACCCCGAGCGAAAGGCGCGGUUAGCUCAAGAGCUCGGUCUCCAGCCCCGGCAAGUUGCCGUCUGGUUCCAGAACCGCCGCGCCCGGUGGAAAACAAAGCAGCUCGAGCGCGACUUCGCCACCCUCAAGUCCCGCUACGACACCCUCCGCAUCGACUUUGAUGCCCUUCGUCGCGACAACCACUCCCUCCUCGCCGAACUAGCCGAUCUCAAGUCCAAGCUAGGCCCAGUCACAGCCGUCGAUAACGAAUUAGUCGUCGCGGCUGCGAAGCUGGAAGAGGAGAAAAAGGAAGUGGUGAGACCCUUUCCGCCGCCGGUGAUGGCCGGCGACGGAUCCAGCGACAGCGACUCUAGCGUUGUGCUCACCGACGACAACAGAUUGGAAGGGGGACUUGUGUAUCAGGCUCAGCAAAUGUUCAAGAUUGAGGAACAUAGUUUCUUUGGCGGGGAGGAGCCCUGCAGCGCCUCCUUCUUCUCCGAUGAACAUGUUCCAACUCUUACUUGGUUCUGCACUGAUCUCACCGGCGGCUGGUAAUAAACGGUGGAUUUCUGAGGCUAGCUAUUGGGAAUUCUAAAAGGACAAAUUGUUGCGUGGGGCUGGGAGAUCGAUAAAGGCGGAGUUUUUCUUCAGUUUGCUUGAGAAAUUUUUUGUAAAAUGCAUAGUGUAUGUAAUUUUUGCUUCAUUGUCUUGCUUCCAGCGUGGUCUGUUGAAAAUUUUCGCUUUUGCAAUAUCAGAGAGAAGAAGUCCAAGAGAGGUAGA